GGAAGCACUUCCUGGAGAUUAAUCACCAAGUUGCCUUGCAAAAUUGGGAAGGUUGAGAGAAAUUAGUAAAGUAGGUUGUAUCAUCCUACUUUGAAUUUGGAAUUUUUGGAAAUGGUCCUGCUGCCAUUUGGAUGAAAGCAAGGAUGAGUCAAGCUGCGGGUGAUCCAAGCAAACACUGUCACUCUUUAAAAGCUGGGCUCCCGAGGUUGGACCUACAAGGAGGCAGGCAAGACAGCAAGGCAUAGAGACAACAUAGAGCUAAGUAAAGCCAGUGGAAAUGAAGAGUCUUCCAAUCCUACUGUUGCUGUGCGUGGCAGCUUGCUCAGCCUAUCCGCUGGAUGGAGCUGCAAGGAGUGAGGACACCAGCAUGAACCUUGUUCAGAAAUAUCUAGAAAACUACUACGACCUCGAAAAAGAUGUGAAACAGUUUGUUAGGAGAAAGGACAGUGGUCCUGUUGUUAAAAAAAUCCGAGAAAUGCAGAAGUUCCUUGGGUUGGAGGUGACAGGGAAGCUGGACUCUGACACUCUGGAGGUGAUGCGCAAGCCCAGAUGUGGAGUUCCUGAUGUUGGUCAGUUCAGAACAUUUCCUGGCAUCCCAAAGUGGAGGAAAACCCACCUUACAUACAGGAUUGUGAAUUAUACACCAGAUUUGCCAAAAGAUGCUGUUGAUUCUGCCAUUGAGAAAGCUCUGAAAGUCUGGGAAGAGGUGACUCCACUCACAUUCUCCAGGCUGUAUGAAGGAGAGGCUGAUAUAAUGAUCUCUUUUGCAGUUAGAGAACAUGGAGACUUUUACCCUUUUGAUGGACCUGGAAAUGUUUUGGCCCAUGCCUAUGCCCCUGGGCCAGGGAUUAAUGGAGAUGCCCACUUUGAUGAUGAUGAACAAUGGACAAAGGAUACAACAGGGACCAAUUUAUUCCUCGUUGCUGCUCAUGAAAUUGGCCACUCCCUGGGUCUCUUUCACUCAGCCAACACUGAAGCUUUGAUGUACCCACUCUACCACUCACUCACAGACCUGACUCGGUUCCGCCUGUCUCAAGAUGAUAUAAAUGGCAUUCAGUCCCUCUAUGGACCUCCCCCUGACUCCCCUGACACCCCCCCGGUACCCACGGAACCUGUCCCUCCAGAACCUGGGACGCCAGCCAAGUGUGAUCCUGCUUUGUCCUUUGAUGCCGUCAGCACUCUGAGGGGAGAAAUCCUGAUCUUUAAAGACAGGCACUUUUGGCGCAAAUCCCUCAGGAAGCUUGAACCUGACUUGUAUUUGAUCUCUUCAUUUUGGCCGUCUCUUCCUUCAGGCGUGGAUGCCGCAUACGAAGUUACUAGCAAGGACCUUGUUUUCAUUUUUAAAGGAAAUCAAUUCUGGGCCAUCAGAGGAAAUGAGGUACAAGCUGGAUACCCAAGAGGCAUCCACACCCUAGGUUUCCCUCCAACCGUAAGGAAAAUCGAUGCAGCCAUUUCUGAUAACGAAAAGAAGAAAACAUAUUUCUUUGUAGAGGACAAAUACUGGAGAUUUGAUGAGAAGAGAAAUUCCAUGGAGCCAGGCUUUCCCAAGCAAACAGCUGAAGACUUUCCAGGGAUUGACUCAAAGAUUGAUGCUGUUUUUGAAGAAUUUGGUAAGAGGAUACUUAUUGUGUUGGCCAUAGAGCACUUGAAACAUUUUAUGAUAUCAGAGGGAAGAGGAGCAUUGAAACUUUUUAAUAACAAGUGUUUCUUAGGGCCAGUUCCCUCCUCAAAAUUUUGAUUCACCUACAUUUGUACUCAUUAUAGAACUACUUCACAAAAUAACUUAUUUGCAACCAUAAAGAUAAUUACACAAAUCUCAUUACUUUAUCUUAUACAUGCAUAUAAAACCGUGCAUAUAAAAUCAAAGUGCUCGAGUAUCACUUACUCACAUCUCGAGCUAACAUGUGAAGUCAAGCUCGACUUUCAGAUUACCAUGUUAGCAUAAAAAUCCCAUCAAGUGGUGUGGCCAGGUUUAAUAUUGGUUAGCUGGCCUUCUCCUCCACCCCAUCUUAUUGCUGCUACUAAUUCCCAGGGAGAUUUUUUUGUCUGUCUUUCCUGAGUUGUCAGUCAUUGCCCAUGCCAGUCAUUUGCAAAUACUUACCUUUCCAUAUGCCCAAAGUUUUUUUAAAAAAAGAUUUUGUUUUCUACUCAAGGUAAGUAAGUGGAGGCUGAUGAUCUUUAUUGAAAGGUAACCUGAUCACCAUGUUUUCAGAGCACUAAAGGGUCCUCUGGUGUUUUGAAAUAGUUGCUGUGCUUCCUAGGCUGCAAUGCAGGGAAAAGGGAGGAGGAUUUUUGGGGAAGAAAGAAAUAGGUGAUUAGAGUUUCCAAGCAAGUGGAGAAUUUAUCUGAUCCGAAGCAGAAUAACCUUGUAACCUGGAACCUGGCUUUGUUGUCAGACAGAGCUGGCACAGAGUGCUGUCUCCAUCCUUCCUUGCUGAGUAACCUUGAGGAAGCAUCGAAAUCUGUCUAAACUUCAACUUGCUCAAUCUGUAAAUGGAGUUAGACAUACAACCUUAUAGGGUUGUUGCAGAAAUAAAUGAAAAUAAAUUCAUGUAACAAGCUUGGCAUUAAAGUAAAGCUCUAUAAACACUUUCUACUUUUAGUUCUCUAUGAUUCUGAGUUUUGUAUAUUGUCAAAUGUCUUUAUUUGGAAAAAUAUCUUACUAUUUCCCUUGUCUGUAUUUGCAGGGUUUUUUUACUUCUUUACUGGAUCUUCACAGCUGGAGUUUGACCCAAAUGCAAAGAAUGUGACGCACACUUUGAAGAGUAACAGCUGGCUUAAUUGUUGAAAGAGAUAUGUAGAAGGCACAAUAUGGGCACUUUAAAUGAAGCUAAUAAUUCUUCACCUAAGUCUCUGUGAAUCGAAAUGUUCGUUUUCUCCUGCCUGUGCUGUGACUCCAGUCACACUCAAGGGAACUUGAGCGUGAACUCUGUAUCUUGCCGGUCAUUUUUAUGUUAUUACAGGGCAUUCAAAUGGGCUGCUGCUUAGCUUGCACCUUGUCACAUAGAGUGAUCUUUCCCAAGAGAAGGGGAAGCACUCAUGUGCAACAGACAAGUGAUGGUAUCUAUGUAGACUAUUUGCUUAUUUAAUAAAGAUGAUUUGUCAGUUA